AUGCCAGAAAAGAUCCUUGAUGAUAUCUCUCAUAGAAGAUUCAACCCAUUGCGGGGUACUUGGCUUCUGGUUUCCCCUCAUCGAACCAAGAGACCAUGGCAAGGACAACAAGAAGCCGCUUCGAAGAUUACCCUCCCUGAAUAUGAUCCCGCGUGUUACUUGUGUCCAGGAAAUAAACGAGCACAAGGAGAUUCAAACCCGCAGUACAAAGAUACUUUUGUUUUCGUAAAUGAUUAUAGCGCGGUCAAGGAGGUUCAAGCUGAAUAUGCGCAAGAUGGGGAGUCAAAAGACCUUUCAAACAUCCUUCUACGGGCCGAACCCGUAACAGGAAAAUGCUACGUCUUAACCUUCUCCCCCUCGCACAACCUCACUCUCGCAGACCUCACUCCUGCUCAGAUUCUUCCGGUCAUUCAAACAUGGACAGAGAUUUACGCCGCACAUCUAUCUCCCUCCUCACCUCUUGCGAGCGUUGCCCAACCUACCACUCUUGCACCAUCAGGCCACGAUGUUGGAGCGCCAAAUCAACAAUACAAAUGGAUGCAAAUCUUUGAAAAUAAGGGUGCCGCAAUGGGUUGUUCAAAUCCACAUCCUCAUGGACAAAUUUGGACUACUACCGGAUUACCGGAAGAGCCUGCUUCUGAACUCGUGAAUCUUCUUAAAUACCGCCAGGAAAACUCUGGUCGUCAUUUACUGGAAGAUUACGUGAAGCUUGAAAUGGAGAAAGAAGAAAGAAUCGUGUUUCAAAAUGAGAGCUUCUUGGUAGUGUGUCCAUGGUGGGCUACAUGGCCAUUUGAGGUUAUGAUCAUCAGCAAGACUCACAAGAGAGGUCUCGUUGAUUUGAACGACGAGGAGAAGUUAGGAUUUGCCGAGGCCAUUGCAGAGGUCACAAGGAGAUAUGACAAUUUGUUCGAGACGAGCUUUCCUUACAGUUCCGGUAUCCACCAAGCUCCAUUAGAGGGUACCGAAGCAGAGAUCAAUGCCUCCUACUUGCAUAUGCAUUUCUAUCCUCCUCUUCUCAGAAGUGCAACGGUCAGAAAAUUCUUAGUUGGCUAUGAGUUGAUGGCCGAACCACAAAGAGAUAUCACCCCAGAGCAGGCUGCUGCUAAACUAAGAGAUUGUGGCGGAGAAUUGUACAGAAAGAAUUUGUAA